AUAGUCCUAAACCAUUUUAAACGAACGCCACCUGGGUUCUACUGCGCUUAAACCCUUUCUUUCCUCAACCCAACCAAUAUACCCUCCGUCGUUAUGCGCUUUCUAUUUCGUUUCCCCGCCGUCACCCGCCGCAAAUACCUUCUACUCCGCCACUACAAGGCGGCGAAGAAGCCACCACCGUUACCUACAGCAACCCCUCCAAAAGCUCCAAAGAAGCCUGAGAACUUCAGCUUCCAUGAAGUAACAUGGGAAGAUCCUUACAGCUGGAUGGCGAAUCUCAACGAUAAGGUAGCUAUGCGGCAUAUGGAUGUUUACAUGGAACAAGAGGAGAAGUAUACUGAAGCUGUAAUGUCUGAUUCAGAACGUAUUCUCAAUAAGCUUCACUUUGAAAUGGCUUCACGAAUUCCGUUUGAACUUUCCACUCCUCCUCUUCGCUGGGGCCCUUGGUUGUAUUAUCGUCGUGUUGAAGAAGGAAAACCUUACCCUGUGCUUUGCAGAAGAUUGGCUAGCUUGAACGACGAUUUCAUAUCACAUAAAUAUCCUCCUGCCGGAUUUGAUUUUACAACAGGGAAGACAAUUGAGCAGAAGCUGGUUGACUAUAAUCAAGAGGCAGAGAGAUUUGGAGGUUAUGCUUAUGAGGAACUUUCUGAGGUUUCGCCAAACCAUCAAUUUCUUGCAUAUACUAUGUAUGAUAAAGACAACGGCUACUUCAAGUUAUCUGUGAGAAAUUUGAAUUCGGGUUCCUUGUGCAGUAAGCCUCAAGCAGAUCGAGUUUCAAAUUUGGCUUGGGCUAAAGAUGGCCAGGCAUUGCUUUAUGUUGUAACAGAUCAGAAAAUGAGACCAUACCGGAUCUAUUACAGUCUUAUUGGAUCAACUGAUGAAGAUGUUUUGCUUUUGGAAGAAUCAGAUGAAAAUGUUCACAUUAGUAUAAGGCACACAAAAGACUUCAAAUUUGUGACUGUGAAUACAUUAUCCCCCACAUCAUCAAAGGUCUUUCUAAUUAAUGCAGCCGAUCCAUUGUCUGGCUUGAAACUUGUUUGGGAGUGUGAUGCUAUAGCUCACUGCGUAAUUGAACAUCACCGAGGUUAUCUUUAUUUAUUUACAGAUGCUCCCAAAGGUGGGCAAUCGGUUGAUUAUCAUUAUCUUCUUUGUAGUCCAGAGGAAACUCAUUCAAAUCCAAGAAAAUGGGAGGAGAUAAUUGUCAAUGACCCUGAUUUGGUUAUUGAGGAUGUUGAUUUUAGUGAUAAAUACUUGGCACUCAUUGUGAGGGAAAAUCGAAAUUUUCAACUUUGUUCAGUUGGACUGCCAUUGCCCUUCGGGAAGGGGCCAGUUAAAUUGAGGAAGCUUGACCUUCAGUACUUAUCUCUUCCAAAACAUGUCUGUCAAAUUUCACCUGGGCCAAAUUAUGACUUUUUCUCACCUGUCAUGCGCUUUAUAAUAUCAUCUCCUGUGAUGCCUGAUGCUGUGGUUGAUUAUGACCUAGCAACCUGUAAGUGGAACAUCAUUCAACAGCAAAAUAUGCUUCAUGACAGAACAAGGAUAUUAUAUGGUACAAAUUCGGCAAGCGCAAGCGUGGAAUCCUCAAAUGCAAAAUAUUCCUGUCCUGUGAAUGCCAAUUUGGAAGAUGACCACUUAUGGAAUGACCUAUCUGAGUUUUAUGCCUGUGAACAAUAUUUUGUACCUUCAUUUGAUGGAGUUCCAAUUCCAUUGACUAUUGUUUUUGCACGUGACAAUAAUCCAAAAGAUGAAAAACCUGGAAUAUUACUUGGGCAUGGAGCUUAUGGUGAGUUACUCGACAAACGGUGGCGCAGUGAAUUUAAAAGCCUCCUGGACCGUGGUUGGGUCAUAGCCUAUGCUGAUGUUAGAGGUGGAGGUGGUUAUGGCAAGAAAUGGCAUCAUGAUGGGAGACGAACAAAAAAACAUAAUUCAAUCAAUGACUAUAUCUCUUGUGCCAAGUUUCUUAUAGAAAAAGAUAUUGUGAAUGAAAACAAAUUGGCUGCUUGGGGAUAUAGUGCUGGAGGUCUUUUGGUUGCUGCAGCUGUUAAUCGUUCUCCAGAUUUAUUUCGUGCUGCAGUCUUAAAGGUUCCAUUUUUAGAUCCAACCAACACUCUUUUGUAUCCCAUCUUACCACUUGUAGCCGAUGAUUAUGAAGAGUUUGGCUACCCGGGGGACCUCGAUGAUUUUCUCGCAAUUCGAGAAUAUUCUCCAUAUGACAAUGUUCAAAAGGAUGUUCUUUAUCCAGCUGUAUUAGUAUCCUCAUCUUUCAAUACACGAUUUGGGGUGUGGGAAGCAGCAAAGUGGGUAGCUAGAGUUCGCGAUCUUUCAAUUUAUGACCCAAAACGACCAAUAUUGCUGAAUUUGACCACAGAUAUAGUGGAGGAAAACCGUUACUUGCAGUCCAAGGAAUCAGCAUUAGAAGUUGCGUUUCUCAUUAAGACGGUGGAAUCCUAGAUAUGCAAACUGAUAAUUUGCUCAAUUUGAAUGCCGUUGAUAUUUGUGAGAUGUCUCCCUAUGGCAAUCUGGUAAAAUUAAGAUUGCACUUCUGGAUGAAGAUGAACAAAAGAUCCAAUCAAAUCAAGUGCUCUGCAUGGGAAAUGGUUACUAUCCAAUGUUCUUUUUAUAAUUGGUUGUACCUUUGUAGCCCUCAAACCUACUUAGGUCAUGGAUGAUCUAACCUAAGUGUGCACUGUGCUAAAACAACCAACAGAAUUGGCACAAAUUGCCCUUGCUAGUUUGUCAUACUCGGCGACCAGACCUUGGUCACUUUUUUUUUUUUUUUUUUGACGUUAACCUUGGUCGCUUUGUUGUGUAAGAAAUUGAGGUUCAUAAUAUGUAAAUGUUACUGUCUUGUGAAAUGAUCUUUGUUUGAAU